AUGCCCAACGCCUCUUCCUGGAGUGCUAGUUCGCCUCUGCUGCUGCUCUGGGAGGACUCCUCCGGGACCCGCAUCUUUCUGUCACUGCUCUACGCAGUCUUAGCUAUCUCAGGGACUUUAUCCAAUGUGAUGGUCAUCUAUUUAGUCUUCUCCUUCAAGAAGCUACAGACAACCAGCAAUGCCUUCAUCGUGAACGGCUGUGCGGCAGACCUGAGUGUGUGCGCCCUGUGGAUGCCCCAGGAGGCUGUGCUGGGGCUGCUGCCCCCCAAUUCCUCCUCCCUUCGCUCUGCGGAGUACCGGCUGCUCCGAGGGGGGCUCCUGGGCCUCGGCCUCACCGUCUCUCUGGCCUCGCACCUGCUGGUGGCUUUCAACAGGUACGUGCUCAUCACCAAGCUGCCCAGCGUGUACCAGGCCCUCUACCAGCGGAGACACACGGGCUGCAUGAUCGGGCUCUCCUGGGCCCUGGCCCUGCUCCCGGUCCCGCUGCUGCCCGGGCUCUGGACCCUGGGCUCAGCCCAGUCGGACGGCAGCUCUCGCUACAGCGCCCUGCUCCUCGCCCUGGCCGUGCUGGGCCAGACCGCGCUGCUGCUCCACUGCUACCUCGGCAUCGUGCGGCGGGUGCGGGGCAGCGCCAAGCGGGUCAGCGUCCUCAACUUCCACCUGCUGCACCAGCUGCCCUUCCCCGCCGCGCCGCCGCCGCCUCGCCGCGCCCAGCGCCGCCUCAGCAGCGUCUCCGUCCUGCUGCUCUGCUGCGUGUUCCUGCUGGGCACCCAGCCCCUGGUCUGGGUCAGCCUCCUGGGCUUCUUCCUGCGCCCAGCGCCGCCGGCGCUGCAGGCCGCCAGCUGGUUGCUGCUCUGCUCGCUCUCGGCCCUCAACCCGCUGCUCUACACGUGGCGCAGCGAGGAGUUUCGCCGGGCGGCCCGCUCAGUCCUGCCCCGCGGCGAGGGCCCGGCCACCGCCCCCCGCCCCUCCGCCGCCGCGGGCCCGGCCGGCGCCCCGCCCUGCCCGCAGCUGCCGCGGCGCCGGGGCACGGGGAGCAGCGCCAGCGCCGCGGCCGCGCCGCGCUGA